GCGGCACUUGCUGGCUGGCUGGGUGCGGGCGCCGGGCUCCCGCGGGAGAAGACCGGCAGCGCCGCCGCUGCCCGGGCCCGGGUCUCGGUCCCGACCCCGCCCCGGGCCCCGGCCUCAGUUUCUCGCCGGGCCCGGCGAUGAAGUGUCACUACGAGGCGCUGGGGGUGCGGCGCGACGCCAGCGAGGAGGAGCUCAAGAAGGCCUAUCGGAAGCUGGCCCUGAAAUGGCACCCGGAUAAAAAUCUGGAUAAUGCUGAAGAAGCUGCUGAACAAUUUAAAUUAAUCCAAGCAGCGUAUGACGUGUUGAGUGAUCCUCAGGAAAGAGCAUGGUAUGAUAAUCACAGAGAAGCCUUACUUAAAGGAGGGAUUGAUGGAGAAUAUCAAGAUGACAGCUUAGAUUUGCUUCACUAUUUCACUGUUACCUGUUACUCUGGUUAUGGAGAUGAUAAAAAGGGCUUUUAUGCAGUCUACCGAAAUGUUUUUGAAAUGAUUGCAAAGGAAGAAAUAGAAUCUGUGUUAGAGGAGGAUAUUCAAGAUUUCCCAACUUUUGGAUACUCCCAUAGUGACUAUGAUACGGUAGUCCAUCCUUUCUACGCUUAUUGGCAGAGUUUCUGCACUCAAAAGAAUUUUGCAUGGAAGGAAGAAUAUGAUACACGGCAAGCUUCAAACCGUUGGGAAAAAAGAGCCAUGGAAAAAGAAAACAAAAAGAUUCGAGACAAAGCGAGAAAAGAGAAGAACGAGCUUGUGCGCCAGCUGGUAGCUUUCAUUCGUAAAAGAGACAGAAGAGUGCAGGCGCAUCGGAAGCUGGUGGAAGAGCAGAACGCAGAGAAGGCCAGGAAGGCUGAGGAGAUGAGGCGGCAGCAGAAGCUGAAGCAGGCCAAGCUGGCAGAGCAGUACCGAGAGCAGAGCUGGAUGACCAUGGCGAAUUUGGAGAAGGAGCUCCAGGAGAUGGAAGCACGGUAUGAAAAGGAGUUUGGAGAUGGAUCGGAUGAAAAUGAAGUGGAGCAACAGGAAACCAAAGACACACAGGAUGGAAAAGACAGCGAUGAGGCUGAGGAGGCUGAGUUUUAUGAUGAUCUCUACUGCCCAGCAUGUGACAAGUCUUUUAAGACAGAAAAGGCCAUGAAGAACCAUGAAAAGUCAAAGAAGCAUCGGGAAAUGGUGGCCUUGUUAAAGCAGCAGUUGGAGGAAGAGGAGGAACAAUUUUCAAAACCUCAAACGGAUGAAGAUCUUUUGAAUGCCAGUUCUGAGGAAGAAACGGAUAAUGCACCAAAACAGAAGCUUUCUAAAAAACAGAAGAAAAAGAAACAUAAACCAACACAGAAUUAUGAUGAUAAUUACAAUGAAAAUGGAACAGAAGAAGCAAUAAAGAUUGACCCAGAAGAUACUAAUUUAAAUGGAGACAGUGCCAAAGAAGUAGAAGGUAGUCCCCAAGAAAAUGUCAGUGUAACAGAGACCAUUGAACCCUGUGUUGAUUUAAAAAGUGAAGCUAAAAGAAUGGAGAGUCAUUUCUUAGUCCUUGAGGAAAGAUCCAAACAUGUUCCUAAACUCAAAGGAAAGAAAACCAAAGAUAUGAAAAAAUCUAUCAAAGUACCUUCUGAACCACAAACAGUGAGUGAUGUUCUUAUCAGCUGUACAGCCUGCCAUAGUGAAUUUCCAUCUCGGAAUAAACUCUUUGAUCAUCUAAAGGCUACUGGUCAUGCAAGAGCACCUACAUCAUCAUCAUCAUCAUCUUUAAACAGCGUAACAAGUAGUCGAAGCAAGAAAGAAAAACGUAAAAUCAGAUAGAAAUUCUGUCAGCACUUUUUUUUAAUUGUCUCUAAUUUUGAAACCAAAAACAACUGAAAUCACCUAAAGAGUUAAAAUUUCAAUAUAUCGCAUUGUGGAAGAUUAUUUUUUAUCUUGUAAAAACAUUGUUUGGUUUAAUAUAUAUUUUUUAAACAUUUCACUAGUGAUUGAAUUCUACUUUUGCCAUCUGAAUUGACUUGAGUGUCUCUAAACAGGUAAAUAUUGUAAAAUGUGUGUCUUCUCAUAGACCGAAAUGUACAGGGAGAAUUAAAUUAUUUUAACACAUA